AUGGAAGCAUCACGACGCAUAGGCAAGUCUCGUGAAGAUCUUAGGACGCGUCUAAAAGCACUUCGAGCCAAAAAGUUACUUACCGAACAACACAAUAAACGGGAUCUAGCACAAGCUCUCAAGAUCCAAAGAAUUAGAUCAUUGAACCAAAAGAACUUGGAAAAGAGUCUCCUAAACGCAGAAGAACAACUUGAAAAGAUCAGCAGCGUGGAAUCAGGUAAAGAAAUUCAACUCGAACGUAAGCAGGCCCUUACAUAUACGAUUGCAGAUGUUAUCGAAUGGCACAAGAAUAAUAAGAAAGACCCCAAUGCAAAGGUUACAGGAGGUUAUAACAAUUUCAGUGAUUUGGCUGCACGAUCAUACAAGCGAGAUAUGUCCACGUUAGCAGUUGAUUUAGCUGCUUAUAAGGAGGAUAAGAAGAGUCAUGGGAGUCAGCUGAAUGACAUCAUCCAACCUAAGAAUGACAAAGCAAUUAUUACUGGUGCUGUUGACCAUCUACAGAAGGGAAAUGAUAGGAGACAGGGUUCCUUUGUUGACGUGUCAUAUUGGGAAGGCUCGAUUGAAAGUUUGAUUGGACUGUACACCAGGGCAGCAAUGGUGAAGACUGACGUUGAGGAUGAACCCCAGAUUCGGGACCACGACGAAGAAAAUGCCUCUGAUGAAGGCAGCGGAGACGAUUUAGUGGACUCAUCUGAAGAGGACGAAGACGAAGACGAAGACGAAGAGGCGAUACAGAGAGUUCGAGAAGGUUUCAUUGUGGAUGACGAAGACGAUGAAGAAGACGCCUCUACGUCACACAAGAGAAGAAGACAUAAAAAGAGAAAGAGAGAAAGAGAAAGAGAACGGGCUAGUGAGACUCACGACGAUGCGUUGGAUGAAGAUGAUUUGGAGUUAUUGAUGGAAAACUCUGGUCAGAAGCCAAGUGGUGCUGCUACCGGAAAGUUCAAACGGUUGAAGAGAGCUGCCGAACAAGAAUCGGAGAGUACACAAGAACAUUCUGUCUCUGACUCUCGAAACAGAGACGGCGGCUUAAAUGAUUUUUUUUCCGACGAUGAACAUGCGGAGGAAGAAGCAGAAGAUGAUGACGAAGUUCCUGGUGGAAGAGGAGAACCCCGAAACAUCUUGGAUGAGUUUGAAGAUUUCAUUGAAGAUGAUGAAUUCUCUGAUGAAGAAGAAGCAAGACAACACAAGGAAGCACAACAGCGUCAAAAAGCCAAGAGAGCAGGCCCCAAGUUGGAUACGUCCAAAAUGUCCAGUGUUGAUAGAGAAAGUUUACAACAAUUGUUUGAAGUGUUUGGUAAUGGUGCUGAAUACGAAUGGGCCUUAGAAGCUCAAGAAAUUGAAGAUGAAGGUCAUGGUGAUAAUGCCGAACCAACUUCAUUGGAUGAAGUGUUUGAACAUGCCGAAUUAAAGGAAAGAAUGUUGACUGAAGAAGAUAAUGUCAUUCGAAUGAUUGAUAUUCCCGAAAGAUACCAAAGAUAUAGAUCCAGCUUGAACUAUAUUGAAUUGGAAGGUGAAGAUUUUGAAGCUAAAAAAGAAUGGGUUUGUCAAGUUAUGUUCCAAGAGAAUAAGAAUCAACUUUUGGAAUUUUUAAUUGAACCUUAUAAGGUUGCAGUUGGUAAAGUGGUGGAAUUUGUAUCUAAAGAUAACUAUGAAGUGCCCUUUAUUUGGACUCACCGUCGUGACUUUUUAUUAUUCUCUCAGUUGACUACUAAUGCUGAUGGUAAUAAAGUCAAUUCUGUUCACAAGUUAUUAUCUGAAGAUGAUUUAUGGAGGAUUGUUCAAUUAGACAUUGACUAUCAAUCAUUCUAUGAAAAACGUUUGAAUGUGGAAAAGUUAAUUUCAAAUCUCAACUUGGAUGAUGAUUUAGUGAAGGAUAUCAAGAGCAUAAACUCGUUGGUUGCUAUUCAAGACUUACAAGAUUAUAUUCAAUUUACGUAUUCGAAGGAGAUUAGAGAAUUGGCUGCUGCUUCCAAAACAUCUGAUAUACCAUCGGAAGAAGCAGCAGCAGCAGAUGAAGAAGAUAUCAAGCAUCACAAGAAACAUUUCAAGUAUGCCUUCUAUGAAAGAGUCAGAGCCAACAUUUUAUAUUCUGCUGUUAAAUCUUUUGGUAUAUCCGCCAAAGAAUUUGGUGAAAAUGUUCAAGAACAAAGCUCCAAGAAGUUUGAAAUCCAAUAUAGAAUCCAUGCCACGGACGAUCCCUUUGAAUCUCCUGAAGAUGUGGUGGAUAAGUUGGUGGAAGACGAUGAAGUCAUUUACAAAGAUUUCAAAACUGCCCGUGAUGCAGUUAGAAGGAUGUUUGCAGAAGAGAUCUUCCGUAAUCCUAAGAUUAGAAAUGAGGUUAGAAUGGCUUACAAGGAUUUCUCUUCCUUCAGUGUGAUUCUUACUGAAAAGGGUAAGUCUGCCAUCAACAAUCAUAGUCCUUAUGCUGAUAUCAAAUAUGCUAUUAAUCGUACACCAUCAGAUUUGGUUCGUCAACCAGAUAUAUUCCUUAGAAUGUUAGAAGCUGAGAAGUUGGGUUUGAUUAUUCUUAAGGUUGAAACUCAAGGAUUUGAGAGUUGGUUUGAAGCCAUUCUUGGAUGUUUGAAGUCUGAUGGUACUUCAGACAUUUCAGACAAAUGGAACAAAGAAAGAGAAGUUGUGUUAAGAAUGGCUUUCAAGAAAUUAACCAGCAUGACUGCUUUAGCCACAAGAGAAGACUUGCGUAGGGAAUGUCAAAGACUCAUUGCCAACGGAGUACGGAAAAAGGUUCUUUUGAAGACAGACCAAGCUCCUCUUGUUCCCUAUGGAUAUGAUAAGGGGACCAAGCCCAACGUUUUUGCAGUUUCCUUUGGUAAAGGGGACUUUGAUAGCGCAGUUGUCGGGGUAUUUUUGAAAGAAACGGGGAAAAUUGAUGAUUUCUUUAAAUCUGACGAUAAUCCGAUUAGAGAUAGAGAAAGUGAAGAGAGAUUUACAGGACAAUUAAAGGAAUUCUUUGAUAGAAACCUUGAAUAUGUUAAACCGGAUGUGAUUGCCAUUUCUGGAUUCAAUCCCAGUUCCAAAAGAUUGUUUGAUAUUCUUACAAAUUUUGUUGCCAAUAACAAUAUCACUGCUAAGGCUGAUCACAUUCAAGACCAAGCUCCACCAUUGAUUCAAGUGAUUUGGGUUCAAGAUGAGACGGCUAGAUUAUAUCAAAGUUCCGAAAGAGCCUUGACAGAGUUCAGAGACAAGCCGAGCUUGGUUAAAUAUUGUAUUGGGUUGGCAAGAUAUGUUCAAAGUCCAUUAUUGGAGUAUAUUUCAUUAGGAGAGAACAUAAAGUCAUUAAUUUUCCAUGAGCAUCAAAAAUAUAUUCCAGACAGUUUGGUAUUGGAAGCCGUGGAAACAGCCUUUGUGGAUAUAGUCAAUUUGGUGGGGAUAGAAAUCAACGAGGCCGUUAGAGAUACUUAUAUUGCCCAACUUUUACCCUUCAUUGCCGGCUUAGGACCUCGGAAGGCCUCCGGGUUAAUUCGGAAUAUCAGUGCCAAAAUUAGUACGUUGGCCAAUAGAAGUGACUUGAUUGAAAAGGAAUUAACCACUGCCAAUAUAUUUAUUAACUGUGCUUCAUUCUUGAACAUUCCAUACGAUGAGGGAAGUGCCUUGAGAGACCCUUCGGUAGAGAUUUUGGAUGCUACUAGAAUUCAUCCUGAAGACUAUGACUUGGCGAGAAAGAUGGCAGCCGAUGCUCUUGACUUGGAUGAAGAAGAUACUGCCCAUGUUGAAGAACAAGGUGGAGUGAUUUACCAAUUGAUGCAAGAAGGAGUUUCAAAAGUGGAUGACUUGAAUUUGACGGCUUAUGGUAAGGAAUUGGAAACCAAAUUUGGGAAGAAGAAGUAUGCCACCUUACAAAGUAUCAAGGAAGAACUUGUGAACAAUUAUGAAGAAUUAAGAAGAUCCUUCCAUCUUUUAGAUGCUAUGGAAGUGUUUCAAAUGCUUACUGGAGAAACCAAAGAUUCCUUUGGAAAGAAUACAAGUAUCCCAGUUACUAUCACCAGGGUUGGGAAGAACAUGAGAGAGCCUGGGUCUAGAAUCCGGUUUUUGAAAGUUAACACUUCAUGUUCUGUACAGGGAACUGUGGAAGAGAAUUUAAUCCCCAGAAAUGCCAAUUAUGAGCAAGGACAGGUAGUCCAGGCUUCUAUUAUGCAUGUCUACUACGAUACUUUCAAUGCCGCUUUCAGUUUAUUAGAAUCCGAUAUCAAGAAGGCUACAGGAGCCAAAUUCUAUAAAGAAGUGGGGAAAUGGGACUUUGAAAGUGAAGAAGCAAACAUCCAAAGAGAAUUGGCAAAGGAAAGAGCCAUUUUGGCCAGAACUAAAAACAUCCAACAUCCUUUGUAUCAUAAUUUCAACUUCAAACAAGCAGAAGAAUAUUUGGCACCUCAAGCUGUGGGUGAUUGUAUCAUUAGACCAUCAUCUAAGGGUCCUAAUUACCUUACUAUCACCUGGAAGGUGGGGAACAACUUAUUCCAGCAUUUGCCUAUUCAAGAGUUGAACCAUGGAACCCAUAAGGAGUUUAUGGUUGAAGGUAAACGGUUUGCAGAUUUGGACCAAUUGAUUUUCCAGCAUAUUCAAGUGAUUGCAAAGCAUGUCAAUGAGAUGGUGAAACAUCCAAAGUUCCGUGAAGGUACUUUACGUCAAGUGAAUGAAUGGUUAGAAUCAUAUACUAAAGCCAACCCUACAAACAGUGCAUAUGUGUUCUGUUAUGAUCACAAGACUCCAGGGACAUUCUUAUUAUUGUUCAAGGUCAAUGAGAAUACUCCGGUUCAAACUUGGUACGUCAAGACUGAAGCCAAUGGUUAUACUCUUAAAGGAUUCUCGUACCCUAACAUGCAUAGGUUAUGUAAUGGGUUCAAACAAACGUUCAAGAGCUUUGCUUCCAAUAGCAGUUCAAGAACAAGAGCCCCAGAACCUCGUCAAGCUUAUAGUGGUUAUGGAUAUUAG